AUGGGGAGCCGUAGCGAUGUGAACGCCUGGCUGAAGGUACAUAACGCCUGCUACAUCUUUUUGAAAAAAUGUUCUCCUAAUGAGAGGGAGGAGGGGAGCGAGAGAAGCUCACACCAUAUGAUAACCAGUCGAUGUCAUAUUAAUGUUCAGUGCACUUACCGCACUUACAAGGAGAAGCGUUAUCAAACACAGGUAUUCCUCCCACCAAGGCAAGUUAAGAGCUGUGCCAGGCAGGCACAGGUCACUUCAAUGGCACCAGGAAAGCUGCUGUUUUCAUCUCAAAGGACCUUGAAGACUUGUAUCAAAAUGUAUUGUGGAGAUUAUAUACAAGGAACGAUUUUUCCCGCUCCAAAUUUUAACCCUAUUAUGGAUGCCCAGUUGCUAGGAGGAGCCCUACAGGGAAUCAGUUGUGAAAAAGAUGUGUUGAUUGAUAUCCUAACACAGCGUUGCAAUUCACAGAGGCUUAUGAUUGCUGAGGCGUACAGAGACAUGUAUGGCAGGGAUCUAAUAAUGGACCUAAAAGAGAAUCUCUCUCAUCACUUCAAAGAAGUUAUGGUUGGCUUGAUGUAUCCACCUGCCUCCUAUGAUGCCCAUGAGCUCUGGCAUGCCUUGAAGGGAGUAGACACAGAAGAAAAAUGUCUAAUUGACAUAUUAGCCUCAAGAUCAAAUACGGAGAUCUUCCAGAUGAAAGAAGCCUACUUAAUGCAAUAUAAUAAUGAUCUUCAACAAGAUAUCGAUUCUGAGACUUCAGGUCACUUCAGAGAUACGCUCAUGAACCUCGCUCAGGGAACAAGGAUGGAAGUAUAUGCAGAUCCUUCUACAGCUGCUCAGGAUGCAAUGAUUCUUUGGGAAGCAUGUCAGCGGAAAACCGGUGAACACAAAAACAUGCUGCAAAUGAUUCUCUGCAACAAGAGCUACCAGCAGUUGUGGAUGGUUUUCCAGGAGUUCCAAAAUAUCUCUGGGCAAGACAUAGUAGAUGCCAUUAAUGAAUGUUAUGAUGGAUACUUUCAAGAACUACUAGUUGCAAUAGUUCUCUGUGUUCGUGACAAGCCUUCCUACUUUGCUUACAGGCUUUAUAAUGCAAUUCAUGACUGCGGGUUUCACAAUAAAACAGUUAUAAGGAUUCUUAUUGCCAGGAGUGAGAUUGACUUGAUGAAUAUACGACAGCGAUACAAAGAGAGAUAUGGGAAAUCACUCUUUCAUGAUAUUAAACAUUUUGCUUCAGGGCAUUAUGAGAGUGCUUUACUUGCUAUCUGUGCUGGUGAUGCUGAAGAUUAUUAA